AUGAGUCGUCACCAGAAAUUGGCAAAACAACCUCAUUGGUUGGACAUUUUUGUUUGCGGGGAUCAAGUUCGCAAGGGAGCUGCACUUAACGCAAUCCAGAUUGCAGAAAUGUUGCUUUUUGUCUGUGACCUAUGUCACAAAGGUCACAAUACCUCACAUAAUUCCGACUUUCUUUUGUAUUUCAACCCAAUACAGGUUGGCAGGGCUAGUCCGUCUGAGUUUGUCAUACCACUUUCGAAAUAUAUCAAAGCUGUGUACCAUACACGUAUUUCUGUUGGUAUGCGCUUUAGGAUGCUUUUCGAGACUGAAGAAUCAAGUGUCCGCAGGUACAUGGGUACAAUAACUGGGAUAAGUGAUCUGGAUGCGGUUCGGUGGCCGAGUUCUCAUUGGCGUUCUGUUAAGGUCGGUUGGGAUGAAUCAACAGCAGGAGAGAGACAGCCACGGGUUUCAUUAUGGGAAAUCGAGCCUUUAACAACAUUCCCAAUGUAUCCAUCAUUGUUUCCCCUCAGAUUGAAACGACCGUGGCAUCCUGGCACCUCUUCUUUGCUUGAUGGAAGAGAUGAUGUGGCAAAUGGUCUGAUGUGGAUGAGAGGUGGACCUGCAGACCAAGGUCUCAAUUCUCUUAAUUUUCAAGGUGCUGGUGGCAUGUUACCAUGGAUGCAGCAGAGACUAGAUCCAACUUUACUCGGAAACGAUCAUAAUCAACAAUAUCAAGCCAUGUUGGCGGCAGCUGGAAUGCAGAAUAUGGGUAGUGGAUAUCUCAUGAGGCCACAAAUGAUGAAUUUUCAACAACAGCCUAUCCAGUACCUUCAGUCUGGAAACAAUAAUUCGCCUUUGCAACUUCAGCAACCACACGCAAUUCCACAAUCAGUGUCCUCUAAUAUGAUGCAACCACAAGGCCAAGUGCUUACUGAAAACCUGUCUCAGCACCUCCUUCAGAAAACAAAUAACAAUCAAGAAGUCCAAGGUCAACAGCAGCAACAUGGUUAUCAAGAUACACUUCUUAUUCAAAAUGAUCAACUCCAUCAGCGACAACAACAACAGUCCAAUGCGCUUUUAAAGUGCUAUUAA